CAGGUUCUCUCGAACUGCAAAGGAAAAGGGCGUUUAAAGCAUGCGCCAUCUAUGGGUUCUACAAAUUCUAUCUGGCAACACACAGUAUCCACUCUCACUGCUGUCGUCACUGAGGUCAGGUAGACGGAGUGAAGAUGGCGACCGCCUACGAGAGAUACAAUUUGCACACGACCCCAGAGAAGUUCUUCAUCGAGGCCUGUGAUGAGGGGGCUGACGCUGUGCUGGCCAUCGACAGGGUCUCCAAUGAGAUGACCCUCACAGGUAAAAAGGAUGUCCCCCCUUCUGCGGUCACCCGGCCUAUAUGUGGCAUCAUGGGAACCAUCCGUCUGGUAGCAGGGAUGUAUCUGAUCGUCAUCACCAGGAAGAAGAAUGUGGGCAGCCUGCUGGGCCACGCUGUGUGGAAGGCUGUGGACUUUGACGUGAUCUCCUAUAAGAAGACGGUGCUGCAUCUCUCAGAGAUCCAGUCUCAGGAGAACAAGACCUUCCUGUCCAUGAUUAACAAUGUGCUGACUACAGACGGCUUCUACUUCUGCACCGACUACGACCUGACACACACACUCCAGAGGCUCUCCAACACCAGCCCUGACUUCCAGGAGAUGAGUCUGCUGGAGAGGGCAGAUCAGAGGUUUGUGUGGAACGGGAACCUCCUGAGAGAGCUGGCUGCGCAGCCUGAGCUUCACAAGUUUGCACUUCCUGUUGUCCAUGGAUUCAUUGUCAUGAAGCCGUGUCGCAUCAAUGGGAAGAUCUUCGAGUGGAUCCUCAUAUCCAGGAGAAGCUGCUUCCGGGCCGGCGUCAGAUACUACGUCAGAGGCAUCGACUCUGAGGGCCACGCUGCUAACUUUGUGGAGACGGAGCAAAUCGUUUUGUAUGAGGGAGCAAAGGCUUCAUUUAUACAGACUCGAGGCUCCAUGCCCUUCUACUGGAGUCAGAGGCCCAACCUGAAAUACAAACCUAAACCUAUAAUCAGCAAAACCACCAAUCACAUGGAUGGUUUCCAGAGGCAUUUCGACUCUCAGCUGCUCAUCUAUGGGAAGCAAACCCUUCUGAACCUGGUGAAUCAGAAGGGCUCAGAGAAGCCACUAGAACAGGCUUUCGAUAAGAUGGUGUCUGGCAUGAACAACGGUAUGCUCAACUACAUAGCCUUCGACUUCCACAAGGAGUGCAGCGCCAUGAGGUGGGAGCGUCUGCAGAUCCUAGUGGACCUCGUCGCUGAGACGCAAGAUGAAUACAGUUACUUCAUGGUGACCUCGGAGGGGAAGACGGUGGCGCAGCAGAGGGGAGUGUUUCGCAGUAACUGCAUGGACUGCCUGGACCGGACCAACGUGAUCCAGAGUCUGCUGGCCCGCCGUUCGCUGCAGUCCCAGCUGCAGAGGAUGGGCGUCCUGAAUGUGGGUCAGCGGAUUGAGGAGCAGGCUGAGUUUGAGAAGAUCUACAAGAACGCAUGGGCUGACAAUGCCAAUGCAUGCGCUGUACAGUACGCAGGGACCGGAGCUUUGAAAACAGACUUCACCAGGACGGGGAAGAGGACCAGGCUGGGGCUGCUGAUGGACGGCUGGAACUCCAUGAUCCGCUACUACAAGAACAACUUCUCUGAUGGAUUCAGACAGGACUCCAUUGACCUGUUUCUGGGUAACUUUGCUGUGGAUGAGUCUGAUGGACCCACUCCUCUCCGUGUGCAGAAGGACUGGAAGUUCCUCACGCUGCCCAUCGUCAUGCUGGUGGCCUUCUCCAUGUGCAUUGUCUGUCUGCUCAUGGCGGGUGACACAUGGACAGAGACCCUGGCCUACGUGAUGUUCUGGGGGGCUGCCAGCGCCAUCACAGCCACCAUCAUCCUGUUUAAUGGCCAAGACUUUGUGGACUCUCCCAAACUGGUUCACAAGGAGAAGCUGGACUGAGUGUGCAUGUGUGUGUGCAUGUGUGUGUGCGUGUGUGUGUGUGUGUGAGGGGAGUAUCUGGGCCCAGCAGGUUCACAUAGCUCUCAAUCUCCACCGUCUCCUGAUCUGCUGCCUCCUUACUGCCCUCCAGACUUUCUCCUUGAGAAACCUUUCUCUGCCAUUUGUCUACAACCUGUUUCACCUCCUGCAGUCGGACAUGACUCUCUCCGUCACUCGGCUCACAUCUCUCACAUUCCUCAUACUGGAUCUUUACGUUGUUUUUCGUAGGUUUUCAGUUCUGUCUUCAGGUCCACUCCAAAACAAAUGAUUUCUUACACUAAUCACAAUUUUCCUAUUUGUUUACGUUUCUUCGGUUUAAAUCUGUACAAAUGUCUUACUAAGCAUUUUGUAUCCUGCAUAAUGACACCCAUUGUUAGUGUUUUAGUGAUUCUAAAUACAUGUACAGUGGUGUGUUGAGCUAUGCUGGAAUUACAUAACGUCUGCAAACUCUACAUGCUAAUGAAUAUGAUGCAGGUUAUCUGAUGGCCCCCCCCCCCGAGCAAUUUGUCCUCGUUACUGAGAAGUGGUUUAUUCAAGUUGGAAUACAUGUGAACGGUCACUGUUAUGAUGUGUUGGGCCGAUAUCAGGUGUUUCAUGGAAAUUGGUUGAUUAAGAUCGUAGUUUUGGACCAUAGAACUAAAACAGUGUGACACAAAAAAUGUAAAAAGCUCUGCAGUUUCUGUGUUCAUUACCACAAAUUCACAUUACACAUUUGAUCCAACUUUAAUAUUGAUUAGUGCUUUAAAGAUACUAAAAACGGACCUCCAAUAAUGAUUUAUGAAUGUGAAUUAACCCCAAUCAGUUCCUCUCUGAGCACAUAUUGAAAAGUAUAUGUUGUUUGUAACUGAUGAGUCUAUCCAGAAUGCCUGUUAGAGUUUUGAAUGUAACAAGCCUUAGCAACUUGCAUAUGAAGUAUAAACGUGUGGCUACUAUGUGUGUUACUGGGGGUGAACCAUAAGUCUUCCUGUAAGGCUAACCUGGGAGAGUAUUUAUCGUGAUGUUGCACUUUUGACAUGUACUCCAUGUGUGUUGUUGUUCCAGACGCCUGCAUCUCAGCACACAUUUUCCAUUUAUUCUAGGAUGGAAUCAGGUCUGGUGUUGUCCUUGUUUAGGUGUUUUUGUUACUGGGGCAUAAACAGUUUAAUAGCUCUCUGCAAAAUUAAGAAUGAGGCUUAUAGAGGCCUUCCUACAGCUGCACAGGCGCAUUACAGUCAACAAUGUGUUUAUGGAAGCAUAGAGCUAUGUCAAAACAUCCACCAGACACUCACAAACAUUUAAAUACAGUGUUGUCAAUGCAGUGGUGACCAGAACAUAGCAUCGCAAAAGCUACCUAGCAUUGGAUUUCGGAAGAUUGUAAAAAUGUAUAGCUUUGGCAUACACAUGUUUAUGAUACUAACACGCUUUGUUAAGCAGGAUAAUAUCUACAUAUUAACACUAAUUUAGUUUUUGGAACGAAAUCUCCAUAACUUAAAAAGCUAAUGCUAAGCAAUAAACAAUAUGACAUCGCUAUGCUAAAGGCAGCUAAUGUCCAGCUUCAGCAAUUCACCAGUGGGGUAUUUUUGUAGGCCAGACCUGUUACAGCAGGAUAAUCACCACUUUAUGAUUUUUGAAUUGUGAAUGUGAUUGCCAGAAGUAAAUGGCUAACUUAAGGCUAUAAACAAACUAAAUCAAGGUGGUGUGGCAGCGCAUCACCAAGGCUAAGCUAAAGGCGGCUAAUAUUUGGCCUUGUAACAUUUAGUAGCUUCAUUUGGAGACUUGUUAACAACCAGUGUUUGUAUUGCAAAAAUGUAUAUCUGUAGCAAACACAUUUACGAUACCAACACGUUUUGUUAAGCAGGAUAAUCUCCACAUAUUAACACAAAUGUAGUUUUUGAAAAAUGUUCAUGAAAUCAACAGAAGUAAAAAAGCUAAUGCUAAGCAAUGAAUUAUAUGACACCGCUACGCUGAAGGUGGCUAAUGUCCAGCUUCAGCAAUUCACCAGUGGGGUAUUUACUGAUGUAUUUUAUGUCAUGGAACAAAACAUGAACAUCUCUUCACCCUGUGUUAACCACACACCUUAUUUUAGGUAUGUAACAAAAAAUGCAUCCAACAAAAUUGACUUUGAGAUGAUGCAAGUAGAAGUGCUAAAAUGCUGACUAAUUUCCGGGUUUAAGGACUCAUUCCUGGACCACACCAGACCUGUUUGCGUGUCAUAACAAAUGGCUGAUGUGAGCAGUCAGUCAAAGGUCUGGAACCAGGUUCAUUUGUUAAUGGAAACAAAUGAGACUGCGGCAGUUUUUAGUGGAAUAUCUUUCGCUGUUCAUCUGUGUUGUUGGGUUGAUCUAUGGCUCAUGCAUCACUGUGCAACAUAACAUUCUUCACCUUGUGGCUUUAAUGUUAUCUCCAGAUAUCAGAUGUAGUGUUGUCAACGAGACUUCAAUGUUUAAUUAUGUCGAGCUAAAAGAAAUGAAGUUGGUAUCUCAGACUUAAAACCGUAUUAGCAACAACAUGGCUCUCCACUUGUUUGUUAAUGUUUUCAUUUUUCAGUUUCCCAAAUCCAGCCUUACACACCUGCCCAUCAGUGGAAAGACAUUUGAAUUGAGUUCUAGAAAUACAAUUUGGCUUCUGGUGUUACUUUAACUUCCUUUACCAUCCAAAUAUUGGUAAAAUAUGCAAGUGGCUAGCAGAUUAGCGUCACUCAACAGGCAAAAAACAAUUUGAAAAUUAAAAUAUCUCAAGCCAGUGGACAGACAGUAUAUUUUGCAUUCUGGAUUGACUGUAUAGUUAGAGAAUUGAUCACCAUGCCUUUAUAGUCUGUGUAUGAUUUCACAUAGAAGCUGUGUGGUGUUAGUUUGUGAUUAUGUUUAAGAUCCAAACAUUAUGUCUCUACACGGUGAUCUUCAGACUAUUGUUAAUCUAGUCAAAUGUUUAAUUUACUCUUCAUGUUAGCUUUUAAAGAGUUCAUCUAAUCUUGAUCUGAAACCUGUGUAACGUGUGCAGUGUGGGUAAAACUGUCAUGGCAUAUCUUUGUAAUACCGGUACAUUUAAAGUUUUAUCUGGACAUAUAAAGUGUGUUUGGACAUGUUUCAUUAUAUGAGGUAAAAUUAACGAUGAAUUUGUGUCCAUCACACUACUGCAGGUUUCGAUGGUUCCACAUGUUAUUGAUUUGUUUUUUUGGAUGUGAUCAUUAUAUUUCUGCUGUGGGUUUGUAUAUGUUGUAAACAAUAUAAUGGGGCCAAUGACAUAAAACCUGCUUCAUGAAGGUGUUUUAUGAGAUGACUGGCAAACAUUACUACAACACGUUGUAUUCAUUUGGAACCAGGGGACACUAAUGUGACUUUCUGUUUUUUUUCUGGGAUUAUCUUUAGCAAUGUUUGGGGAGUUUGUUCUCCAUGUAAGGAAAUAAUGAAAUAAAAUAUUCAGUUUGAACUGCAACAACUUAAA